AUGGGCGCCCGGGCUGUCGGUCUGACGGGACUGAGAUUCGGAACAGAGAUGGGUUUCCACCCUGGGAAGGUUGCGACCUACGAUAGGGAGCCCGGAAACCCCUGGGAGCAUGGGUUCUCGAAAUGUUUACUCGCCCCCCCAUCCUCAGAAGGUUUCAAGCGCCUUCAGUUCCCAGUCAGGUUGGCUUUUGCCAUGACUAUCAAUAAAGCCCAGGGACAGUCUCUCAGAGUGGCUGGCAUCAACUUGGAGCAACCUUGCUUUUCUCACAGGCAGCUUUAUGUGGCGUGCUCAAGAGUGGGCUCUCCGGAACACCUGUUCAUUUUGUCAUUGGAAGGAAAAACAAAGAACAUAGUCUACCAAAAGGCUCUCCAGUGA